AUGGAUAUUAAUUGCGUUUACAUCAUGCUUUCUCGAAUGUGCCUAGUACGUUCGACUUUAAACGUACAACAGACUUUAAGGACACCCAUACCACAGAAUUUUAUGCCAAAAAAUUAUGUAGUCCGAAACUAUGCACGUGAUGCACGCUCCCGUGUUGCAACCAGAACACAACCCACACUUUGGGAAAGAUUAAUGGCACCAGCUGGUCCUAAUGCCUUCAGCUUAGGAAAAGGAGCACUAGCAGGAGCAUCUGCAGUGGGUCUUGGUGCCCUUUGCUAUUAUGGAUCAGGAGUCAAACCUGGCACAUUGCAGGAGGCACACCUCUGGCCUCAGUAUGUUAAAGAUCGCAUUAAAGCAACAUAUGGUUAUAUUGCGGGUUCCCUCGUACUGACUGCAGGAAGUGCAAUCACAGUUUUCAGAACACCUGCUCUACUAAAUUUAGUGGCACGUAAUGGAUGGAUGUCAAUCAUCUUAACACUUGGCCUUAUGAUUGGAUCAGGCAUGGUAGUGAGAAACAUGGAAUACAAACCAGGUUUUGGAGCAAAACAGCUGGCUUGGAUAGUACAUACUGGCAUUAUGGGUGCUGUUAUCGCACCAAUUUGUUUCCUUGGUGGUCCUAUUCUAAUGCGAGCUGCAUGGUACACAGCUGGUGUUGUGGGGGGGUUUAAGCACAAUUGCCAUUUGUGCUCCAUCAGGUGA